CGGAAAUUCCACCGUCCGGAAAAAGAAGAAAGAAAAAAAGAUAAAGGGAGACGACAAGGAAAACGUAGCUGCCCACCCCGGCCCGAAUCAAUUUAGGGGAGGACUGAGGAGUCAAGCGUCUGACGGACGCACGUAACGGCGACCGCCAAGCCUUUCUUCCUCGGACUCCCCCAACCCAUUAUUUCCCCAUUUCCACCCUCCUCCACCGGCCGGAGCUGCGGAACCGACUCGGAGCUCCUUCCGAUUCGGAAUGUAGCACGAGAAAUCCCGGAAAAGAAGAAACCACUCAAGGGGAAUAAUAUCUGAGAUGGGCCGAGAUCAGUCGAAGCUCCUCAGGAUCCUUAUUCCCCUCUUCGCCCUUAACUCCGUCACCAUCUUCCUCUACUUCUCCUUCCACCACCACGACGCCCCGCCGCUUCCCACCUCCAGUCGCCAAUUCCUUCCCGACCCAAUUCACCACCAGCCCUCCAACGCCACCCCCGACGACGGUUACCUCAAGCCCUGGCCCAUCCUCCCUUCUUACCUCCCUUGGACUCGCAAACCCAAGGACGACGCCCCCUACCGCUCCUGCGAGGCGUAUUUCGGCAACGGAUUCACCCGUCGCGUCGAUGUCCUCCCGCCUUCCCCCGAUCGCUCCGCCGGAUGGUUCCGCUGCUUCUUCAGCCGGACGCUGCUGAGCUCGGUCUGCGAGGGCGGCGGGAUUCGGAUGGUACCCGAUAGGAUUGCGAUGUCGAGGGGCGGGGAGGCGCUGCAUGAGGUUAUUGGGCGGGAUGAGGAAGAUGAGAUGCCGAUUUUUCAGGACGGCGCGUUUCAGAUUCUGGGUUCGUCGGAGGGUAAGGCGAGGAGGUGGAAGAAGAGGAGGAAGCUUGUGGACGAGGGGUUUCUCGGCGAGUACCUGCCGGCGGGAGAAAUUGAGAGGCACACGAUGCGGCAGCUUGUGGGUUCGAUUCAAAUGGUGGAUGCCACGGAGUUCCAGUGUGAUCAGGACGACAUUGAAUGCUGUCCUGAUCUCCUGAUCGAUCCGGUGAGAAUUAAUUGCCAGGGGGAUCUGGAAGAGAUGUGUAGCUUUACACCGAAAUGGAUAAAUGCCAUGCUAAUGUGGAUUGAGGAGCCGACGUUGCUUGUCACCAGAUUUGAGUAUGCGAACCUUUUCCACACUGUAACAGAUUGGUACAGUUCAUAUGCGGCUUCUAAAGUCACGGAGUUGCCUUACCGGCCUCAUUUGGUUUUCGUGGAUGGCCAUUGUAGAGCACCCUUGGAAGAAACCUGGAGUGCUCUCUUCUCUAGCAUCCAAUAUGCUAAAAACUUUACGGGCUCAGUGUGUUACCGCCAUGCUGUACUUGUUCCUCUGGGAUAUGAGACUGCCCUCUUCAAGGGUCUAUCUGAAGAUAUAUUCUGUAAUGGAGCUCCUGGGAAAGAACUUUGGAUGAACCCUGAUGAACACAAGACAGCACGAUUGUCAGAGUUUGGAGAAAUGAUAAGAGCAGCCUUUCACUUCCCGGUCAAUAGGCCUGGUUCCGAAAAGCCAGCUUCAGGCCUCAAUGUCCUUUUUGUGAGAAGGGAAGAUUACUUGGCCCACCCACGCCACGAUGGAAAGGUUCAAUCGAGACUCAGCAAUGAAGAAGAGGUGUUCGAUGCUGUACAGAAAUGGGCAUCAUAUAAACACAAUAAUCAUUCAGAGUGUAAAGUGAAGGUGGUGAAUGGAUUAUUUGCACACAUGCCAAUGAGGGAGCAACUGAGAGCCAUUCAAGAGGCUUCUGUUAUCAUAGGCGCUCAUGGUGCUGGCUUGACUCACAUUGUGUCGGCUACACCAAGAACUGUGAUUCUCGAGAUUGUGAGCGCAGAGUUCAGACGCCCACAUUUUCAGUUGAUUGCCCAGUGGAAAGGGCUGGAGUAUCACGCAAUAUAUCUCGAGGAGUCGCAUGCUGAUCCAGUGGUUGUGAUCAGCAGGCUGGGACGCAUUGUGAGAAGCUUUGAAUGUUGAGAAGAAAUCUUUCCCCUCUUUAAUCAACCGUCCAUUAGGGUGAGUUCUUAAUGAUAAACAUCGUUAAGGGAUGCUGAGGAGGCCAUGGCAGAUUCAAAUUUUUACCAUACGAAGAUCAAUUUGUGCGAUGUGGAGGAGAGCUUGGACUCAAUGUGGAUGGAAGCUGACGCUGAUCGCUGAAUGUAAAUUUGGCUAGUUUGAUCAUGACAAUUGCAGCGUUCUAUGUCGUUGGCGGGCAUAGAGGGUGAAAGGUCAAAUGGAGGCAAUUUUAUUCUACUCUGGCUGAUAACCGGCAAGGCGGCUGUCCUAACUUGUGACUGCCUUUGUAGAGUUGUGUCAUUCAGGUUGUUAGGCGGGUUAGGUGGGGGCUGAUUGUUUCUGGGAAAUCUCUGUAACAUAGGAAUACGCAAAACUCAUGUCUUGUCAUGGAGAUGAUGGCAUCAUAUGCUCAUAUCAGUUGGGAGUUGAAUGGGAGAAAGAAAGUCGCUGAUUGCUGGU